CUGAGAACUCGCUUUGUGCGGAUUGUGUCCAUCAACAGCGCAUCGUGAAAACAGUUCAUUGUAUGUUACUGAGCGGGAAAGCUACGCUGCAAGAAAUCGUACUGGGUCGUCGUUACAAAUCCAUUUUAAUCCCGCUUAAUAAUGAGUGAAGAACUUAAUGACUCGGGUUGUCUGGAAAAAGGCCGGAAUGACAGCGUGAGCGAACACGAAGAUGAGCGCUCACACAGUCCAGACAUCCAUUUCGAACCGGUGAUGAAGUUGCCGCUGAUUGAUGUGAAAACGCUAGAAGAAGAUGAGGAGGUCCUUGUCAAGCUGCGGGGCAAACUGUACAGGUAUGUCACGGCGCCCAAUGAGGCACCAGAGUGGAAAGAGCGUGGCACAGGCGAGGUGAAGAUCCUCUGCAACAAAGCUGGGCACUGCCGCAUUCUCAUGCGCCGCGACAAGACCUUCAAGGUGUGCGCCAACCACUAUGUUCACCCUGGCAUGGAGCUAAAGCCGAGCCACGGCAGCGACAAAGCCUGGGUCUGGAGCACUUUGGCCGACUUUGCAGAUGAGGAGCCAAAGCCAGAGCUGCUAGCAUUGCGGUUUGGAAGCGUGGAGAAUGCCCAGAAAUUCAAAGAAAAGUUUGAAGAAGCCAAGAAAAUGCAGAUUGAGCUUCUCAAGGAAAGCAAAGAAGCCACUCCCGAAUCCGAAGUGCCGACAAAGGAGCUAGAGUCCCUGGCCAUCAAGGAGGAGGCGAAGGAUGACAAGGCGGUCGACGGCAGCACCGUUACGGAAUCCGAAAAAAGUCCCUCGGAAUCGACAGAGUCCCCCAAGAAGUGAAGAGAAAAUGCUGCCCCGUACCCUCGUAGCCUGCCGUGUACCGCCGGUCGAUCGACCGUUGCCUUUUUCCGCGUUGCAGGGACCACGUCUCGCUCAUGGCCGAGGCGAGUCGGUCCUGGGCUCGUCCUCGAGUAGUCUGAUUUUUUCGAGGCACCGAAACGCCCAAACUGUCAAUGGGUCUUGAGGCUUCUCUCUCUCUCUUUUUCUUUUUUUGCCGUUAUCACAUUGCCAGAGAGUUCCUACUUUGCGAAGAAAGUCUGUAAAGCACAUAACAGUCUGUUGAAACGGAGAGGACUGGAGCUGACGUCAGAUUGCCACGCUCGGGACUUUACAAAAUCAUCCUGCCUAGCAUGGUGGUUGAUGGCAUCAUGCAACCGUACAUGAAGUACCUACUUCACAGAUUUAGCUUUGUUGCCGUUCUCACGGUUAUAACAGUUGCUGUGAGUAGGUGUUUUGUUGUUGGAAGGAAAAGUGCUCCCUUUUGAAUACUUUUUGGAUGCACUGGUGGGAUUAACCAUGAGAUGUAGCGCUAGUACUUCCAGUGCCAGUGUUAGUGUGCAGAAGCUGGGAGAUGAGUGUGCAUAGCUCUUGUAAUCGAACAAGAAAGCAAUCGACGCUGCUUUUGUAUCCGAGAAUGUUCGGUUGAUACCUUGCGGCUUUUUGCAGUUUUAGCCAGGUAUCAAGGGUGUUGAUAUUUUGUUUUCUUCACAGUGCAUGCAGUUUACCAGUGCUUUACCGUCACUCGCUUUGUAUGGAGUUCGCUAUCAACACUGAAACGCUUUUUUAGUUUUGCUUGUUAAGUGCACAUGAUGCCUUGCGCUUCGUUGCCACGCUUCUUGGUUAUCGUAUGUUCCCGUUCACAGCAUAACUUGGUGUAGACGCAGAUUUUGGUUCCUUGUAGCAGAAGACUUGCACGUUGCGUGGGCAGAUUUGGGGCACUCUUUAUGUCAACGAAAUUGUCAGUGCCACACAUUUUCGGUUGACAAUUAAUGCUCUGAUGUGGCGCUCCUAGGUUUAUUACCAUUUGCAAUCGUGUUGGGUUAAUGGUGGGCACCAUUUAUCAGGGUCUCGAGGCUAUUUUUUAUGUGUGCUGCAUAUACACUAAACGUGUGGUGUUGCUACGACACUGAAGCUUACGUUAUUACAUACCGCGAUAUGGCCAACUAGCUCGCUUCCUUUUUCAUCGUCAUUUUUUUCGAUUGAUCGCUGUCUUCAAAUGUUUACGAUUGUGUCAUCUUGUGUGUGUGUGCUGGUUGUGUUGCGUAAUUGCUGACUGGAGUGAUUGGCGAGUGUUGGCUGCUGACAUCAUGUCUGUGACUGUGGUUUAACACAUCCAUCACGUCGUGACAAGAGGACUCAAGCAGAUCACAGAAUAGGCAUCGAAAACGCGCUGGCAUUAGCGAUACACUCUGUGAAGGUGUCAGUCGUGCUUUGAUGCCCGGAUGACGUAUUAUUCAGUCAUUUCCUCACUGUACAUACUGCAGCAUAUGUAGUUCUUGUGGAACACCACAUGUAUUUGGCGAGCAGCUAUUAAAUGGCUUUUGGAUAUGUG